GCAUCUUCGUUACUAGAGGAGGAUGAGGAAUACCAUUCCAAUAACGAGGACUCCCAGGGGAUUCCUCUUCAUACCUCCACGAAUCUUGCGUCCUCGAAAUCUAGAGCCCCUUCCAUUCUGAGGGCUGACGCCAGCCCUAGCGCAGAGAUGGACGGCGCCUCUGAAGCAAGUGAUGAGGAGAUACCCCACUCUUUCAUGGUGGAAACAUCUCCUUCUACUAGAAAAAAAUCCUCGAGCUCACAAAAACGCGCUCAUCGUAGUGCUAUCGGUCAGAGGUUUCCACAUCCAGAUGAUAUAGAAGAAGAAGACGAAGAUGAUCAGAACGCUGCUCUGCUUAGGGCAUCCAAUGUCUCCAGUCACCCUUCGAAAAGACGGAAGGGAAAGGAAACUGCCAGGGGACAGAAUGACUCUAAGAAGGGCCUUGAUGAAUAUCAACAAGCGCUGUGGAGAUGGGUUAAUGUUUAUAAUCUUGAUGAGUAUCUACAGGAGAUUACCACCUGCGCUAGCCCUUAUCUUGAUCUUAUUUUCCACUUUCUACGCGUAUCAACUCCUGACAUUCUUCUUGUCUCUACCCCGUCUAUAUCAAAUGCGAUCCUUUUAUUCGCAUUUACUGAAGAUCCCAGAUGUGGAUAUUCCUACUUUACCCUGGUCGACCGUCGUUUCCAGGGGAAUGUAACAGAUGCAAGUAGCGAAAAUCAUGGGACGAGCACGGCUAAACUUGAUGCUCACGAUAUCGCAAACCGGAUUAUGAGGCAAGAGAACUACCUGAUCGCCCUGUUCAACAAAGACCUACUGGAACUACAGCUCCCUGUUCCUGCUGUAGUUGAAAAGGCACUUACCAUCGUUGGAUUCUGCAGUGCUGAUGAUGCAGAUGCUGGUCGGAGACGGUGGGGUGGUGAUACAUUGACACGCGCACUGGAAUGGAACUUGAGGUUCUGUUUGAUGGAUUAUCUAUUUGACCGGAGCGGAAAGGUUAAGGACGUCUUCCUCAAAGAACGUAGCAGAGAUGUCCUGAUUCAAGGAUACUUUGAGGUGGGUAUUCGUCAUAAGUAA